AUGAAAGGAGAGGAUAUGUCCUCGUGGUCGUCAAUGGCUGCUAGUGGAUGGCAGCAGUGGCAACCUGUUCCAGGUCAUCUCACGGAAUUACAUAAUGACGAGCAACCAACACCAAAACAUUCCAGUUAUCGGGAAUUUUGCAACCCAAUACUAUCAUCGGACACUAUUUCAACAACUUUGAAUUUUGAAAAUUAUAAUUAUUUGAAAUGUAAAUCAUCAUCAUUACUUGGAGUUGAAUUAAAAGAAGACUUCGCUCCGGUUUUUCAAAAAUCCAAAAAACUGCUCUCCUACGCUCUCAUCUAUUUAUUAUUAGUAUUAUCAUUGCUACUCAUCCCAAAAUUGUUAUGGCAUCAUCAGGCCAUCGUUUUACCUGUGGAGGCCACAACAACAGGAAAUUUCCAUAUGGAAUACUCAAAGCGCAUCCAAGAGGAAUUACUUUCCGAGUUGAACACCAAUAACAUCAUUCACAGUGAAACAGAUGUUCCAAAUUCUCUUAAAUUAUCAUUUGCUGGAUCUUUCAGAUAUGCUCUCAGAAAUGAUCAACCAGUUUUGAUCGAUGUUAAUGAUUUGAAUAGUGAAGAGCUCAUUUUCGUAGCCUUUAUUUCGAGGUCGAACCAUUUGAAAGUUGGUUGUGAAGCCAUUUUAGAUGCGGCCAAAUCAGAUAGUUUAUUGUACACGAUCACAGUUGGCACUUAUAACAUUUUGAAGGGCAAAAUAACGUGGCACUCAAAAGAAAGUAUUGUAAACGAAUUGCUAGGAGAUCCAAGUUUUGUGCAAGUUGGAAACAAAAUAUUUGUCACCUAUCCACAAGAUUCAAGCGGUCUACAGUAUGUCAUGUUCUCAUCCAUAACAAUUGGAGAUAGCGUAUUCUAUACGAAUACAAGUUACAGCCUUUCUUUCACUCAAACAUACCGAAACAUUAUCAAACACGCUGGAGGAAAUAAUUUUCUACUUUUCAGAGAUAGUUCCACAUUCGAUGCCAUACGCCAAAUUAGUAAGGAUUUUGUCAGCAGCAAAAAAAAGUUGGCACCACUGGCCACAGUAUUCAAUUUUGAUAGCGAUCCAGCUCGAAAGGACUCACCCUUCAUAACCAAUUACUUGUUUGACAUAAUAGUGGAAUGUGAAUAUUUCGAACAAUGUCCAACCAUUGAUAACGUCCUAUACGAAGACGGAAUAUUGUUUUUCAAUGUAUUUGGUGGAAAAUCAAAAAUCUAUAUCUCUAACAAUAGUAGUGAUUUUCUCACACUGGAAAAUUCAAACUUUGGAGCAUUUUACAUGUUUGAACUAAAUGUUGAUAGAAGAAAACUUACUCUCGUCGACUGUGUUUUCACAACACCCUUUUCAUACAUUCCUAGAAACAUUUCUUCAUUCAAUGAAACAUUUUUAUCAUAUGCGCCCAUGCUAGGAAUUAAGACUAUAUCCAAAACACCAACAAUGAUCUAUGGCUUUGGAUAUUACGGCGGAGUUUUAAAUCAUAACUCUACAAUGAUAUUUUCUCAGAAAGAUCCUUCAUCAACAGGAAUUUUUUUCAUUUACAACUUGCAGAAAAAGCAAUUUGAUUACUUGGGAAAUACUUCACAUUAUCCCUACGAAUUUCGAAAUCCAACAGCAAUAUCACAUAGCGGAAUUUUUUAUUAUCUCGAUAGAACGGCUUCAAGAGUGACAUUAUUGGAUAUGAACACCAUGAAUGCUCAGACAUUUGUGCUGAGAAACACGUUAAUAUCAAGGAGGAUUUAUGUUGAGCUAAGGCUAACUCCAUUCAGUAAUGAGUUGAUGCUUAUAUCUUCCUUUAAAAAUCGUGAUAGCACUACGAUCAUGGAUGGCCAUCCAUUGAACCUUAUUGAUAGGUUUGAAAAGGGACAAUAUGCUACUUAUAGAGAUGGCUACUUUAUCACUGUAUUCGAGUUUACCAAAACCAAAGAGUUAAAUUUAAAUUCCUUCAUGAUUUGUGCUCGACCCAUUUGCGGAGAACAGUAUGUCACCAACGAAACAUAUUUAUGCGGAGGUGCAGGAACAUGUCUAUUUGAUAUGACAACAAACACAUCCGUUUCGUGUGCUUGUCCAACAGACGUUGAGCACUUUUUAACAAAUGUCGGAGAGUUUUGUCAAGACAAUAACUUCUAUGCCUUUUUAAUUCCAAUUGUUGCUGUGGUAGCAAUAUUAUCUCUGCUGCUUGGAAUUUCUGUAACAUUUUGUAUUAUCAAAUCCACAUAUACAAUCAAUAGGAAACUUUCUCUACUCAAAUCAAAAGAACGAAAAGAAAUUGAAUUGCAAAAACGAUUAUUGGAUUUUCAAUUUAUUCAUUCUGAUGCAGUGACCUUUAAAGAUGUGAGUUAUAUCAUCCACAUGGAAGACUUAAAAUUCCUUACAAGAGUUGCUGAAGGGGGUGGAGGCGUGGUGUUCAAGGGAGAAUGGAGAGGCGUUGAAGUAGCAAUCAAGAAGGUUAAAUACAGUAGUGACGACACUUCCUUUGAGAAGGAAGCGAGCUUAUUAAGCAGAAUUCGCCAUCCAAAUAUCGUUGCAUUCUUUGGUGUGAGUGUGACUGAGAGAGAAAAGUUCUUGGUCACUGAAUGGAUGCCAAGUGGCUCCUUGGAUAAUUUAAUUUCAAAUACGGCGAAAGGAAAAAUUAUUUUGAAAUUCAAACAAAAGAUUUCAAUACUUCUUGACAUUUGUAAGGGAAUGUGUUAUUUGCACGCUUCUUCAAUUAUUCACAGAGAUUUGAAACCUGCCAACGUAUUGAUUGGUUCAAAUGGAGAAUGCAAGGUUUGUGAUUUUGGUCUCUCUACAUAUCUCAUGCUGCAUGAGGACGAUGAGAAUAUGGGUAAUGUUGGAACAUUGUUGUGGUCGAGCCCAGAAGUGUUGCAAGGCCUACCUUGUGAUGAAAAGGUAGACAUUUAUAGUUUUGCAAUCAUCAUGUAUGAAGUAUUGUUCGAAACUGUGCCAUACACAAUUUCUGAGAAAGUUGAUCCAAGUUAUUUUGUUUCUGAAACAACAGACAUGGUAGUAGAGGGUCAUGGUAUUGUCACACCGUCCAAUCAACAAGAUUUAACACUCUUUAGCACUCUGCUCAAUCACGGUAAUGCUGCUGAAUUGGGAAGAUACAUUGUGCACGGUGUAAGACCACUUGUUCCAUUUAACACUAGAGAACAAUGUAAAAGAUGGGUCAGUAUUUAUCAUAAUCCAGAAAAAGAAGAUAUCAAGUUGGAAACUUUGUCAUCAGUAGUUUUCCUCUUUGUUCUCCUCAUGAAGAAGUGUUGGUCUGAACCAGAGGCUAGACCAAACUUUGAUUAUAUUUUGAACACUUUGUCAACCAUCAAGAAGACAAUUAAAAAGAAUUAG